AUGGCCCUGAGUCGUCGGGAUGUGAUCUUAGCUGGUAUUGCCGUAUUUUUUGCUUGGGGAUUUGCUACCAAUUGGAUCCCGACCUUGCGCUGGAUUGGAUAUGCAUUUGUCGCAGGACUGAUUGUACCCAUCGUAGGGCUCAUAGCUCUGCUACUUCUUACAUCUAGAGGUUCCCAAUACGGAGAAGAACAUAUUGUGCGCCGACCAAAAGGACCUGCAUUUCUGGCAGCGGCGAAAUGGAAGAAGGAAAUAGCCGCGUUACGCACACGACAAAUGCAUGUACGAAAGCCAUUGUUCCCAGACUCUUUUAUGGUAUCAUGCGCCCUCGACGAUUUCUUAGACCUUAUACUUCGCGAUUUUGUGGCUUCGUGGUAUGGGAGUAUUAGCAGGAACCCGACAUUUACCAACGAGGUCGACAAGACGAUAAGAUUGGCUCUUGUCAAUCUGCGGGAUCGAUUACUGGAUAUAGAUUUGGUGGAGGUUGUGACAACCCGUUUUGUACCUAUUCUGACAGGGCAUUUCAAGGAGUUCCAUAAUGCGGAGGUUGCUAUUAGAGGCAAGAAUUUGAAUCGAAGUGUUACGGAAUCUGAUGAGUUGGACCUUGCGAUAGCGGCGAAAUAUAAUGAUGGGAAACUACAUUCUGCGGCUUCUUUGGCUUUCUCGGAUACAAAGCUGGUACAACAAGAAUAUCUACGGGAUUUGACACAAAAACUGCUGCCGGAGAUUCUACCAGAGAAUGCUAUCGGAAGUCGUGCGGUGGGAGUUUUGAUCAGGGAAUUGGUGGCUUGUGCCGUUCUUUUCCCCAUAAUGCAAAUGCUUUCUGAUCCGGAUAUGUGGAAUCAGAUAAUGGAGGCAUAUGGACGUUCUAUGCUUCAAGAUAGAUCAACUGUGCGAAAACUUCGAGCUGCACUAGAUGAGCAUGCAUCACCCGCUCCUAAAUCGAAUCGUACUGCGCAGUUUCCGAGAUUGUCACCGGGAGAUCAUGAAAGGAAGUUCGAAAAAUUCAUUCGCGCGAUCAGGAAAACAAACAAUUUGUCCGAUGCCAGAAGGUUUCGAAGUGAGGUAUCUAGCCAAUUCAAGCGAGAUGCUUUGAAGGAUGGACAAGAUCCGGUAUACUUGCGACGACUUGAUAUUGGAAAGAGAAUACUGGAUGAAAGGGUUAGCCAAUUGGCUGCCACAGGUGAUCGCGGAGCUCUGAUCUCGCAACCAGGCCGUAAUGGCGUUCAAGCAUCAAAGCUCGAAAAUGCGUCACUUGUAGAUCUCUUACAUGAUCCUUCUGGUCUUUCAUAUUUCAUGGAAUAUAUGGACAGGCAAAAUUGUAUGUCUCUUGUACAGUUUUGGAUUGUAGUUGAUGGGUUUCGAAAUCCUCUCGAGGAUGAUGGUGCAGAAGACGAAGAAGUUCCGACUACUAUUGCCCCUUGGACUGAUGCCGAUAGAACGGAUCUUGCCCAGAUAAACGAUGCGUAUCUUUCCAAGCCAGAACUCAAAGUCCCGGAUACUUCGAAACGUAUUGUCCAGGAGUUUCUCAAGGCGGGUAAUAAGGCAACUUCAAAACAAUACUUUAUGGCUAGAAGAGCUAUACUACGCGCUCAAACCUCUGCACUGGAAGUAAUGCAAGAUAAAUUCUUCCCACAUUUUAAAAGGUCAGAUCUUUUCUACAAAUGUCUCACAUCUCAAGAAGCUUCGAAAGUUCGCCAACCUUCUCCAGCACCGUCACUUAAUUUGGAGAAUACAACGCGCAAACCGUCGAUAGCUCCCAGAUCAAAUACUACCAUGACAGUCAACACACGGUCCCCUUCUUUCUCAAGAGGUUCAUCAAAAUUGAUUCCAAAGAGGUCAGAUUUACGUCGGGCUGCCAUGUCUUUCACUGAUUUAACCACCCAUCAAUCAGACCCUAUGUCAAAUUCUCGAGCCUCUCUAGAUGAGGAAAGUCCCCUAUUUGAAGAUGACGACCUGGAUAGCGAUGCAAUGGCAAAUUCGAUAAUGAGUCUUGAUCAAGAGCCUGGCGUGAUUGUUCCAGAUAACAAUGUUGUGCAAGCCAUGGAAGCAGCGUUGAAUACGAUCAUGGAGGAUAAGCCUAACAUUGAUGAUAUUCGAAGCUCACUAUUUGGCCCUAAUGAUACCCCGAACUCACCAGUUCCAAGCGUUAAUUCCACGUCGAAUGACAUCUCAAACAGGAGUUCAAGUGAUCAUAAGCGAGCGGAUCUAUUUGGGCUUGAGAAUGGUAAAGGGGCUGACAGACACGAACGAACGGAAAAGCCAAGUAUAGCAUCACUUGGACUUGUAAACACUUCAUCUAGAAUUGGUGUAUUUACAGAUAACGAUCUAUUUGGGGAUGAAGAAAGGUUUCUUUCCGAUGAACAUGACGACCCUGAGAAAGACGACGAUGAAGAUAAUCAAGAUCAAGUCCACGAGGCAGCUCCUGGCGAUUUGGGUCUAGCAGAGGCUAUCACUCUUCUCACUACUGACAUUGAUCGCCUUAUAGCUCAAGACGCUGUGGUUGAUUCAUUAACAAGAAAAGCCGACCUCACAAACAAUACAGCCGAGCUCAGGAUCCUGCGAAAGUCCAAGGCUAGUUUAGAAAGAGAGAUUCGUCGUAAAGAGCUUCAGAGACAGCAAUAUGUUAUUCAAGAGAGUGACAACAGUCUUUAUGGACGUUCCACGAUCAAAAUCAAAUCGAUCAUGGUUGGAAAAGAGGACGACGGUCGAGAGUAUGCUGUUUACGUUAUCGAAGUACAAAGAAAGGCCGGAGAACAGAUGCCAGCUGCAACCUGGACCAUUACUCGACGUUACAGCGAGUUUCAUGAACUUCAUCAACGACUGAGAAUCAAGUAUCCAUCAGUAGGACAUCUUGAUUUUCCUCGUAGACGGAUGGUUAUGAAGCUACAAGGAGACUUUCUUCAAAAGCGACGUGCGGCAUUAGAAAAAUAUCUCCGAGAAAUUCUUCUGUUACCAGAUGUGUGUCGAAGUCGAGAGUUGCGCGCAUUCCUUUCUCAAAGUGCUCUGGCUCCAGAAUUAGAAGACGCAGGUGCCAUCGACAAUAAGAAGGAUAUCAUGACAAGAUUCUACAACUCAGUAACAGAUGGAAUGGAAGAUAUUCUAGGAAAUAUUCCAGUUCUAGAUCAACUUUCAGUCGCAGGGCAGAAUCUCUUAUCAGCAGCAACCAACCAGCUCAUCACCAUGCCCUCAACAAUAAGCGAGGACCCUCUAACAGCAGCCGAAGCAGAAGCAGAACUGAACGCCUUCGAAGAUAAAGAGUUAGAACCCUUCGUAAAACCUAUCUGCGACAUCUUCCUCGAAGUCUUCGAACUCAAUCGUGGGAAUAAUUGGUUGCGAGGCCGUGCUGUAGUGGUUGUUCUUCACCAACUCUUAGGUGGAACGAUAGAGAGAAAAGUUAGGGAGAACGUAAAGGGGUUUAUCCAGGAUGAUAUGAUCGUGAAGUAUAUUUCAAUACUUAAAGAUUCCAUGUGGCCUGGGGGAGAAAGGAAGGUGGAAGGGAAGACCAGAACUAUGGGGGAAAAGAGCAAGAGCAGAAAAGAAACUAGUUUGAUGUUGGCAACACUGAUACCGGAUUUGGCGGGGAGCGUGGUAGGAAGGGUGAAUGCGCAGGCGGCUAGUCGGAGGAUAUUUGCUACGUUCAACAAUCCGAGGCUGAAUGCACAUCUUACGUUUACGCUGUUAGAUGAAGUUAUUGAUGCUUUGUUUGGGGAUUUGGGUUCAUAG